AUGACUCUGCAGGACAAAGUCACUUUCAUGAGCUCUGUGGCUCUACGAAUUGGCGCCUAUGUCUUUUUACGUUGGAUACCAGGCCAUCACCUUCCACCCAUCAUUUAUACCGCAUUAGCGAUAUACAUACCCUCCUUCAUUUCGAGUUUCUUGACCCAGCCAAAAUACAAUGUACUAGAAGACGAUAUCAAAGUCACAGUUACAGAGACAGAAUUCGAGGAACAACCACCCACACUUGCUUCGACCGCUGCUCACUCCUCGAAUCUGCCAACAAGAGACAAGCCUACGGAAAUCGAAGAGGAAAUUGAGAUAGACGAAACGAUUGUGUUGGAGACAAAACAGCCUAGUCCAUGGCGGACGCUGUUGACUGGGCUCCCAGAUCCGGUCUCUACACUUCUUUCGCUGGCUACAUUUUUAAUUAAUGCUGCAUUAGUGCUGGCUGUGACAGAUUUGCUGUAUCGAGCAAAGGUCUACCAUCCGGAGACCGACCUAUCUUUUGCACGAAUGGGUUAUGUUUCUCCUACCGAGGCCAAUCUGUUGAUCCGAGAACCAAACGCUUCACAGCUUCCGAUCUUCGUCUCGUACCGACUUGCUAGGCAAUCCACGCCAUAUGAAGAUCCCGUAUGGCAGACAGCAGGAAUCAUCCAAACCUUGAGCAACGAAACAGACUACACGGGAGUUGUUUCGUUUCCGCUUCCCAGCCAACCUCACAAGACUUACCAAUGGACUACAUCGAAUAAUCACACUGGAUUCUUCACUGUUCCGCCAAGCCCGGGGAAAUUAUCCGAGCAUGGAGAUUUCACAUUUUUGACGUCCAGCUGUAUCAAGCCUCGAUUUCCUUAUAGCCCAUUUGACCAUGCACUAGCAAUCCCGGGCUUCAAACAUAUGGAAAGGGUCAUCACGUCCAUCCCUGGAGGUGCUCAGUUCAUGUUAUUUCUCGGAGACUUCAUAUAUAUCGAUGUGCCGAAGCGAUUUGGUACAUCUGUAGAAGACUACAGGAGAGAGUACCGACAAGUCUAUGGCUCUCCUGAUUGGCCAGCUGUGGGUCAAAAUCUGAGUUGGAUCCAUGUUCUGGACGACCACGAAAUCGCCAAUGACUGGGAUAGAAACACAACAGGCGUUUACAAUGCAGCUGCCGAUCCAUGGCAUCACUAUCAAACAGCUGUUAACCCACCUCGAGCUCGUGCAGCGGGUGGUUACGGACUUCCCAGGAAAGCGGCAACAUAUUUCGAAUUUUCUCAAGGGCCAGCUUCAUUUUUCAUGACGGACACACGAAAGUAUCGUGACUCAUCUAGUGGGCUUUCUGUCAAUAGCACCAAGAAAUCGAUGCUGGGCGCCGAACAAUUAGAUGAUCUCCUCACUUUCCUCAGGAAAGCUGAGCCCAAGGGUGUGAAAUGGAAAAUCAUCGCAUCCAGCAUUCCAUUCACCAAGAACUGGAAAGUCAACAGCCUCGAUACAUGGGCUGGAUACCUCAGUGAGCGACAGACUAUUCUGGAAGCAAUGUGGGAUGUAGGACUUCGGGGUGGUGUCGGAGUCGUGGUUCUUUCAGGCGACAGGCACGAAUUCGCAGCAACAGCGUUCCCGCCCCCGUCUGAUGGAAAGUGGCCGAUUAGUUCUACGGUUCACGAAUUCUCGACAAGCCCGUUGAGUCAAUUCUACUUGCCAGUACGGACGUAUAAGGAAACUGACAGUGAGGACGUGAUGAUGAAAUACAUUCCCGACGGUAACUCUAAGCUCGGAUCCGUCACAAUUGAGAACACGAGCAGCGAUCAAAGCAUCCUGAAGUUUAGACUAUUCGUUGACGGUGUCGAAACUUGGUCUUCUGUCCUCCUCUCGCCACCGCCCAUCGCAGGAAAUCGUUGGGCGAAAGACGCACUUUGGGGGUAG